UCUAUAUAAACGCCAAUUUAUGUUCGGAAGAAUCAGAGUUUCAUUUGGUUUUAUCUAAGAUUUUCCAUUGUCUUCAACAAUGCCAAGCAGAUUUGGUGGAUCCGUGACUCAGGAUUGGGAGCCCGUGGUGCUUCACAAGUCCAAGACCAAGGCUCAGGAGCUACGCGAUCCGAAGGCCGUGAACCAGGCGCUGCGGUCAGGUGCACCGGUCCAGAUGAUCAAGAAGUUCGAUGCCGGGUCGAACAAGAAAACCGCAGGGCCUGUGGUAAACGCUAGGAAGCUUGAUGAAGGAACGGAACCGGCUUCUCUGGACCGGGUUUCGACGGAUGUUAGGCAAGCGAUACAGAAGGCCAGGCUGCAGAAGAAGAUGAGUCAAGCUGAGUUGGCUAAGCUGAUAAACGAGCAGCCUAAGGUGGUUCAGGAAUAUGAGAGUGGGAAGGCGGUGCCGAACCAAACGGUACUGGCUAAGAUGGAAAGGGUUCUCGGGGUGAAAUUGAGGGGAAAGAUUGGGAAAUAAUUCUAAAACGACGUAGUAUGGUAAAGGGCGGUGGUGUUUUGAACAUGUGUUGAUAUAAAUUGUAAUAAUUAUUGUUAAUAAUUAUUGUUAGUAUUUUGAACAUAUGUGUUUGAGGAAUUAAAUUGUAAUAAUUAUUGUUAAUGUAAAUGUUAUAAAUUUUAACAAUUUUAUGAAUCUAAAUGUAAUGUUUAUAUAAAUUUAGAUAACAUUACGUUUGAUACUAUAUUUCUGUCUGCUGGAAGAGGUUGGUAUUUUCUU